AACUUUCACCAAUUGAACAGUUGGCUUAAUCUAUCAUGCGCGUGGCCAUAAAUGCCUCUAACACUUCUCAAUCUCUCAGAUAACUCUCACACCACUUAUCACAAUUACUCUAAUUCUCAUUAUUCCUUUCCAUGUCGCUAGUUUUCUACUGAUUCAGGUUAAGCACAUUUUCAUUGAAGGUUAAGAACAUUAGUGAAAAUGACCACUAUAGCCCUAGCAGCAGGGCAUUGUGCUAGAGGAAGAACGGUUGAUGAGCUAACUUCUGAAUGUAAAUCAAGGGUAUACCUUGGCUAUGGGAAAGAUGAUUUAUAUGCUAGUGAUUUUCUCGAAAGUAAAUUUCAGAGCCUAAACAUGUGUGUCCCCUUGGAACACUCAAUGGUUAGAACCAGGAGAAAAAGGCUAAAUGUUAUUGCAAGAGUUAAAAAAGGAAAGAAGCAUGACUACCCAUGGCCGGAUGACAUUGAUCCUAAUUUGAAGAGUGGACAUUUGAAAUAUCUCUCUUACUUUAAGCCUUUGGAAGAGAAACCAAAACCAGUGACACUCGCAUUUGAGAAGCCAUUGGUUGAUCUCGAGCUAAAGAUUAUUGAGGUACGCCGAAUGGCGGAUGAAACUGGUCUAGAUUUCAGUAAUCAAAUCAAUGCUUUGGAGUUGAAGUAUCAACAUGCUUUAGCGGAUCUGUAUACUCAUUUGACUCCAAUUCAACGCUUGAAUAUUGCUAGACAUCCGAACAGGCCAACUGUCCUGGAUCAUGUUCUGAACAUCACAGAAAAGUGGGUGGAACUCCAUGGAGAUCGUGCAGGCUAUGAUGAUCCAGCUAUCAUAACUGGUUUAGGGAGCAUUAAUGGUAAAACCUAUAUGUUCAUCGGGCAUCAAAAGGGAAGAAAUACAAAGGAGAACAUUUCUCGUAACUUUGCAAUGCCAACUCCUCACGGGUACAGGAAGGCUUUACGCAUGAUGAAGUAUGCUGAUCAUCACGGUUUUCCCAUAAUUACUCUCAUUGACACACCAGGAGCUUAUGCUGAUCUCAAAUCAGAGGAACUGGGUCAAGGUGAAGCUAUAGCUCAAAACAUAAGGUCUAUGUUUGGACUGAGAGUUCCUAUCAUUACAAUAGUAACUGGCGAAGGUGGUUCUGGAGGUGCUCUAGCAAUUGGUUGCUGCAAUAAAUUGUUUAUGUUAGAAAAUUCGGCAUUCUAUGUUGCUAGCCCUGAAGCAUGUGCUGCUAUAUUGUGGAAAUCUGCCCAAGCAGCCCCUAAGGCUGCUGAAAAGCUGAGGAUAACAGCCCAAGAACAUGUCCGACUCAAAGUUGCUGAUGCUAUCAUUCCUGAGCCACUUGGAGGAGCACAUUCUGAUCCUAAAUGGACGUCCCAACAAAUCAAGAUUGCCAUUUUACAAGCCAUGGAGGAACUGGGCAAGAUGAGCGAAGAGGAGUUGCUUCAACAUCGAAUGCUCAAGUUUCGUCAUAUUGGCGGGUUUCAAGAAGGCAUUCCAAUUGAUCCAAAGAAGAAGCGGAAGAUGAAACCUUCGGAUGUUAAUGUGACUACAUCUGCUGAUUUAGAGGCCGAGCUCACAAGCCUCAAAAAAAUAAUCCUAAGAGCAAAAGGGUCCAGUGAUCAGCAAAUGACAACCCAAACAAUUGAGAAGCUACAAGAGGAUGUUGACAAAGAGAUCACAAAAGCCUUCAUAUCCAUGGGCUUGCAAGGGGAACUUGAAUCACUCAAGUUAGAAUUAACUAAAUCCACCGACCCACUUCUGAACCUUGCUUUGAAAGAAAGAGCAGAUAGACUGAAGCAGGAAUUCAAGCUUAAAUUGUCCAAACCCGGUGAAUACAUGGGGUUAAAACAGAAGCUAGCGAAACUUGAAGCUGUAAAUAAGAUCAUAGAGCGUAUGGAAAAAGGUGAGAAAAUAAAAGCAGAGAUCAAUGAGAAAGUAUCAGCUAAUGUAAAGAACAAGUUAUUUCUGCUAAAAAUUGCUCAAGAGAAAUUAGUAAAAGGCGAGGAAGUAGAUAAAGAAAUUGUAGAACAAGUGGAGACUGCAAAAAAAGAGCUCGAGGAGGCUCUGCAAUCAUCAAACUUAGAAAUUGUCGGUACAAUGAACGCGAAGCUUUCUGUGUUGAAUAGUGAGAUUAAUGCCGAAAUUGAAAGAGCGAUAGAUGAGACCGGCCUUAGAGAAAAGAUAGAAGAACUAAAAGAACAUAUUGCAGGAAACUCGAGUUUUGAAAAGGUGAAAGCAUUACAGGAACACAUAAAGGAAAGAAUUAUUUCUGUUAUGAAUGUUGAAUCUUUGAAGGAGAAGGCCGAUAAUUUCUCGACUGAGUCGGUUUCAACUCCGGCGGCUGUUCUGCAAGGUAAGCUUGGUGCUGAUAAUGGAAAGUACGCAUGAUCAGAUUUCGAGUAGUUCUUGAGUGUAAGAGUUUGUGUGUAUAUAGCUAAGAUUAUUGUAAGCAUAUUUUUUGACAGCCAGGGAUGAUAUGUGAUUUUGUAAGGAGUUAUAAGAGCUUCAGGCUUUAGCUACUCUCUUGUUAAGUUCACAAAACCCAUUUUUGUAUGUCAUGUAUGAAUACUUGAACUAAUAGUUACGUUUCUCUAUUAGCAAAUUGUAAGUUAGAAAUAUUGUUCACUGAUUUUCA